GGUUUCUCCGACGGUGCAGUGGUUGCCAUGGAGAUUUGCCUCGACGCAUAGAGACCCACACUCGGUUUGUCAGCUCAGUUACCUGGACGCACGGACGGCCUGCUGAGAGAAUGCAUUUCAGUCCACCUGUCAGCAAAAACAGGAUCAUAUCCAAAUUCCCAAAGUGCUAUAAUCCACAGGCCUGUCUGCAGAUGAAGGACGACUGGAAUGCUAAAGCUAAAACAGUGUGCCUAGACCGAGCGGCCAGGCAACAGGGACUGGACAGACUAAAGAUGUCAAAAGCUGUUGUAGUGGGAGACCUCAAUGUGGGGAAGACUUGCUUAAUUAACAGGUUCUGUAAGGAUGCUUUCGACAGAGACUACAAGGCCACUAUCGGGGUUGAUUUUGAAAUAGAGAGAUUUGAACUGUCUGGGCUUCCGUACUCUCUUCAGAUCUGGGACACUGCCGGCCAGGAGAAAUUUAAAUGCAUUGCUUCGGCGUAUUACAGAGGAGCUCAGGUGAUCAUUACUGUCUUUGAUAUGGCAGAUAUUAAGACCCUGGAGCACACACGGCAGUGGCUCCUAGAGGCUCUGAGAGAAAACGAACCAAGCGCCUGCUUCAUUUUCUUGGUUGGUACCAAGAGAGACCUAUUGUCUCCAGAGGAAUGCCAGCGGACAGAGAGAGACGCAGUGAAGAUGGCAUCGGAGAUGAACGCAGAGUUCUGGUCUGUUUCAUCCAAAACAGGACAGAAUGUGCAGGAGUUCUUCUUUCGAGUGGCUGCUUUGGCAUUUGAAGAUGCCAUCCUGCAGGAGCUCGAGCUGGGGAACAGCUCUGCACGGAUAGGAGACGGAGACAUUCUCAAAGCUGACAGAGCACCAGGAAGUCUUGAGGCUGUGGCAGUGAAGAAAUCUUGCUGUUGAUUCAGAUCCAGAACUUUAUUCUGAAGCCAAUAGAGGAAGCAGCAGGGGGUCCAGGAUGAAGGAACAGAAGCAAUAUUCAAAGGCAGAAAAUCCAUACACUUUCUUCACAAGGGAUCCCCGCUGAGCUAUUAUAGAGAUGCUGUAUAUGGAGUUUUGGCUCAUUAAGGGAACAAUACAUUAUAUUUACCCUGGAUUGAGGACACUAAAUGAGAGUUAUCAUGGUAUUUUAUAGCUUCAGUAUUGUGCUUCUUUAACCACUGCCACUGUAGAAAUACAUAUGACAUUUAAUGUGGAACUGUUUGAGAGCCGGAAAGUAUCAGCUUCUCUGGCUCUUCAUACUUCAGCACGUGUUAAAACCUGUCACUAAAUUAAUUACAGUAUUCUUUAACCCUUAUCUGCUCCAAAAUGUAAUUGAUUUGUAGUUUUAAAGCUUUUCAAAAGAUGACAGCUAACUCUUUAUUUUUUUCUUUAUAAGAUUUUUAAUAUUGAACAUUUCUGUUGCCGUUUUGCUUUUUCAUU